GCCGAUCAACCCGUACGAAGUUGGUACACGAAGCUCGGGCUGGACAUGCGGCUGAUCGGUGAUUGAUUUGAGAUCCGGCGCCUAAAAUGUCGUAACGCGUUGCAGCAGAUAACUACGCGUCGUGUCUUCUUUCGCUCAAUUUCCCCCGCAGCUGCCUCCGGUAUACCACCUCAACUCAGAACACUCAACCAUCCACGGAACAGCGCAUUGUCAAUGUCACAGAAGCUGGACAUUCUCAUCGUCGGGGCGGGCCUGUCUGGCCUUGCUGCAUCGAUCCAAUGUGCACUGUCCGGCCACUCAGUCACAGUCCUGGAAAGCGCGAAAGAGCUCGCCGAAGUCGGUGCCGGGUUACAGCUGACACCGAACGCUACACGCUUAUUCCAGGACUGGGGCGUCUACGACUCCCUCAGAUCGCUCGUGUGCGAACCAAAGACCCUUACAGUAUACAACUACAAGGGCACAGUAUUGGCGAACGAAGACAACUUCGAUGCAAACAUCAGACGGAAGUACGGAGCGCCGUUCUCGGACUGUCAUCGCGUGGAUCUGCAGCAGGCGCUUGUGAGGAGGGCAAAGGAGCUUGGUGUCACGGUUAUUCUUGAUGCCCGAGUCACAGGAAUAGAUUUCGGGUCAAAGAUAGGAGACAGGGCGAAGGUGACCGUGGGCGAAAGGACGUACGAUGCGGACUUGGUCGUUGGUGCAGAUGGACUGUGGUCGACGUGUCGGUCUACAAUGUUGGGCAAGCGAGAUCCUCCGCUCCCGACCGGCGACUUGGCAUAUCGAGUUGUUCUGGAUAUCGACCAAGUCGAGAGCCAGAAACUGAGGGACAUAGUGCGGAAUCCCACAUGCCGAUUUUGGGCGGGUCCCGACGCGCACGUAGUUGCGUACAGCAUGCGGGGUGGCAACACAUACAAUAUUGUUCUGCUCGUACCCGACGACCUUGAAGAGGGUGUUGCAAGGACGGAAGGCGAUCUGGACGAGAUGAGGAAGCUGUUUGAAGGAUGGGACCCAGUGUUGACCGAGUUCCUCGAGUGUGUCGACAAGGUUGACAAGUGGAAACUGAUGCAUCGAGAGGAGCUGCCGUCGUGGAUCAAUCAGCAGUCAAAUCUUGUGCUCAUCGGAGACUCCUGCCAUCCUAUGCUUCCAUACUUAGCUCAAGGCGCAAACUCGUCGAUCGAAGAUGGCGCUGUGCUAGGACUAUUGUUGGGUCCAAAGCAUCUCACUGAUAGGGCUCGGCUGCCGGAAUCGCUGAAGAAGUUCGAGAAGCUGCGGAAGGCAAGAGGUGAAGGCAUUGUCAGAGAGACAUUCAAGCAGCGCAAAGACUUCCACAUGCGCGAUGGGCCUGAACAGGAGGAGCGUGACCAGCGCAUGCUGAGGCAACUGGGUCAGGAGCUGCAAGGCGCAUUCCCAAGUCGAUGGACAUGCCCAGAAGUUCAGCCAUGGCUAUACGGCUAUGACGCUUUGAAAGAAGUUGAGGCUGCAGCUGCAAGGUAGAGACUUCUGCGCAUGUUCUAUGCCGCGUUCGCGCUCGCGAUUGGCAUGAGAAGGUGGCUUCGAGCGAGAAACUUGGCACAUUUGCAUAACCCAAUGUCAGCCUCGGAACUUCGAAUCAACUCUGAUCUUCAAUUGGUGGCCGUUCUCCC